AUGAAAAUUGAAAACGACCUCCGCAGACAGGUACUGGAUGAUAUCAAGCGGCUGAAGGAGACGGGUUCCUAUCGUGGUAGGCGCCAUGCAUUGGGGUUGCCGGUGCGGGGACAGAGAACUAGGACACAGAUCUCAACUGCUGUCAAGCUCAACCGCAUGGAGAGAAGACUGUAA